CAUAACUGUGCUCUCUCUCUCCCUCUCUAUCACCGCCUUUCAGAUCUUUAAAAGCUGCUGCUUUGCUGUGUCUCUCUCGAUCUCAAUUUGUCUCCUCUGGCACUGCAGGGGACUCCUGGCUGCCUAACGAUUGAACCGGCUAAGCACCAAGCAAAGCUGAAGAGACGGAGAGAGGACAGAGAGAAAGAGGAGAAAGAGAUAAAUAUACAUCCAGAAAUAGCAUCAGCCACAGUUGACUGACAGAGAGAGAAAGAGAGAGAGAGUGUGUGUGUGGAGCUUAACCUGAGACCUGGACAGAAAAUGCCUCUCCUUUCUAACUUAACGACUAUUGUCUUGUUGCUGAUUGCUCACUGCGGAUCUUGGAUUCUGGCUAACCGCUUGGGCCCCUACAAGGGUUGUCCCUCUUGUAGAGAAUCUUUGGGGGCAGGUCGGGCCCCCCGGGACCAUAUUGGACAAGCAGGCAGCACAUCCAUGUUGGCCCAGGGAGAGCCCUGUGGUGUGUACACCAUGAGCUGUGCCAAGGGGCUGCGCUGCGUGCCCCCUCCUCAGGAACACAGCCCACUCCAGGCGCUGCUGCAGGGCAGGGGCUUCUGCACCAAGCACAGCAGGACCAGUCCCACGGAGAGGCCCCACCCCACAGGUCCACAUCCUUCACAAAGUGGUGAAAUAGAAAAGGCACCCUGCCGCAAGCUGCUCAAUAGUGUUCUGCGGGGUAUUGAGCUCACUAUCUUUCAGUCUGAUCGUGACAUCUAUAUCCCCAACUGUGACACUCGGGGCUUCUACAGGAAAAAGCAGUGUCGCUCCUCCAAGGGUAUGCAGCGUGGCCACUGUUGGUGUGUGGAUGAGCUGGGUACUGCCUUGCCCUCACGUGCCAGCGAAGACGGCACUUUACCAUGCGAUGGAGAGUGAGAGAGGUCCUUGUCCCAAAAUGUUGAGCCUAGAGGAGGGGGAGUAAGGGGAGGAGGAGGUGGU